AGACGAUUGUUAAAUGACGGAUAAGAAGUAUAUACUUGAUAAAUUCGUACAAUCUAUAUUUAUCAUUCAGUUGAAAGUUGGCUGGCCUCAUGACUCCAUCUAAAAUAAUAUUAAAAAAUAGUAUAUAAAAUAUAAUUUUUACAUUUGCAAAAUGUUACAUUUGUGUUUAAAAAAAUUAAAAAUUAAUAAUAAUAAUAUAAAAACUAUUAUAAAUAAAUUGAAUUAUGAUGGGAAAAAUAUCAGUGUUAUAAAACGUACUAUAUCAAAUAAAAUAAAUAUACCAAUAGAUGAUAAAAAUAUUGUAUCAUCAAAAUAUAAAAAUAUAAAUUUAUUUGAUGGCUAUUAUUUGCAUGAUUAUAUAUUUAAAAAUGUUGACAAGUGGUUAGAUAAAACAGCAGUGAUUUGCAGUGAAAGUGGUAAAUCAUAUACAUAUGCUGAAUUAAAAAAUAAGACAUCACGAUUAGUGGCAUCAUUUAAAAAAAUGAACCUUAGACCUGGUGAUACAAUUGCCACUGUUUUACCAAAUUUACCAGAAUAUGCAAUAAUAAUACUUGCAGCAAGUCAAGCUGGUCUCAAACUGACUCUGAUAAAUCCAAUUUAUACUGCAGCUGAAAUAAAUAAACAACUUGUCAACUCUGAAACAUCAUUAGUUGUGAGUGUAUCAAGCAGAUAUCCAGUUGUUGCUCAAAGUAUCACUGGAAUUAAAUCAAUUAAACAUCCAAUUGUUAUUGUCGAUUAUGAAAAUAAUACAAGACCAUCAGGUACUAUUAAAUUUGAUGAUCUUGUUGUUGAUGAUAAUGGUAAUAUUGAGGAAUUUAAAAAUACUAAUCAUGAUAAUACAAAUGAUACUGUUUUAUUGCCAUAUUCAAGUGGUACAACUGGUCUACCAAAAGGUGUUGAAUUAACACACAGAAAUAUUGUCUCAAACUUGGCACAAAUUGAUCAUGAAAAUUUUAAAAUAAUGGAACAAGCCAUUGGAAAUUAUCAAGAAGUUAUUCCAGUAUUUCUUCCAAUUUAUCAUAUUUACAGUUAUACUAUGCUUUUAUGUGAUGGAUUGAGUAAUGGUGCAAAAUUAAUAACAAUGCCAACAUUUACAUCAAAUACUUUUUUGGAUGUACUAAAUAAGCAUAGAGUUACAAAUUUAUAUGUAGCACCACCAGUUUUACAAUUAAUUGCUAAUGAUGAAAGAUUUAAAAAAAAACAUAUUGAAAGUUUAAAAGAAUUAAUAAGUGGUGGUGCACCAGCUGGUGAAGAAAUUAUGAAUAAAAUUAAAUUAAAACUUGGAGAUAGUUUUAUGUUUAGUCAAGGUUAUGGCAUGUCUGAAACUUCACCUUUAUUAACAAGAGGUAAAAAUGGUCCCUAUGGUUCUGUUGGGCAAGUGGUACCCAACACUGACAUGAGAAUUGUUGGAGUUGACAAUGAUAAUCUUGGUCAAAAUUUGGACAUUGAUAAAAUUGGUGAGAUACAAGCGAGUGGACCACAAGUGAUGAAAGGAUACUUCAAAAAUCCCCAAGCAACUUCAGAAACAAUGGAUGGCAAGUGGCUGAAAACUGGAGACUUGGGAAAUUUUGAUAAAGAUGGAAAUUUAUGGAUUACUGGAAGAAUGAAAGAAUUAAUUAAAGUCAAAGGCUUACAAGUGUCACCACCAGAACUUGAAGAUCUUCUUCAUAGUCAUGAUAAAAUUUCUGAUGUUGCUGUUAUUGGUGUUCCUCAUGAUCGUUUUGGAGAAAUUCCAAAAGCAUUUGUUGUUGCUAAACAAGGAGUACAAAUAAAUGAAGAUGAAAUUAAAAAAUUUGUUGCUGAAAAAGUUGCUGAUUAUAAGCAGCUUGGUCAUGUUGUAUUUAUUGAUCAAAUUCCAAAAAGUCCAGCCGGUAAAAUUUUACGAAGACAACUACAAAAAAUGUAAUAAAUAUAUAUAAUUAUACAUACCUUUUUUUUUUAUAUACAUAUAUACCUAUAUAAUUUUUAAAUGUAAAUAAAAAAAAAAAAAACUUUAUUAACAUUCAAUAUAAAAAAAGGUUUGUUUUUUAAUUUUUUAAAUAGUACUUAGGAGUAUUUUAUAAAUAUAUAUAUUUAUCAAAUAAAUUUGUUGUAUUAUUUAAAUAUAAUGUUUUUUUUUUUUUUUUGUCGUACUCACUUUUGUUAGCUAAAACAUAAAAAUAAAAUUAUAAUUUAUUGUCGACUUGAUGUGGCUUAUUUACAAACAAUUUUACUAAUCAAAAAAAAAUAAUUCGAAAUGAAUUCAGUAAAGAAGGAAUAACUCCCACUUGAAAAAAAAAAAAAUUUAUCCUCAAAACAAAAACAACAAUAACCAUAUUCAUAAAAAAUAUUUCCUCAUUUAUAAAUAAUAAAUAUAAAUUUUAAAUAACAACAAAAUAAAUUAUAUGAUAUGACGAAUGCUAUGAACAUUGCAAUAAAUAUUGAUUAUAUUGUUUUAAAUUAUAUAUUUUUUCGAAUAAAAAACAAUUAUACAUUUUCGUUUAAUCUUUUGGCGGAAACAAAAAUCGUCACGUAUUCAUACAUAUAAUAUAAAUAUAUAUAAUUACA